AUUCUGUGUUUAUACGAAAGCUUUCUAGAAUCAGUACGAAAGUUGUAAAGCACAGAUUUACUUAUAGAUUUCGAUUUGAUUUAUUGCACAUUGUGACCUUCCCAGACUGCAUAUUAUUACUGUUACUCAAAGACUAUUCCCUGUUCAGUUUAUACUCAGUUAUUAACGAUGUGGAAUAUCCUGAUAACGGCUGUCAAUCCUACUACCGCUUUAACGUUAAUACUUUGCUGUAUCAUCAUGUAUUUACUGUUCAAGCGAAUUUCAUACUGUUUACCUCCAGGACCAACUGGUUGGCCAGUAUUCGGAUACACAGCUUGUUUAGGUCCUGAUGCAUUCCGUCAAAUUCAACACCUGAAUGAAACUUAUGGUGAUAUUGUAUCGUUUCACGUGAUGGGGAAAACAAUUGUGAUAUUAAACAGUUAUGAUGUGAUACAUGAAGCAGCGACUGUAAAUCGAUCAAAGAUUGGACGGUAUUCUAUGGUUGUAAAUGAUUUACUGGCAGAAAAUUCAGGCAUAUCAAAUUACGACACGCCAAGAGCAACGGAGACAAGGAGAGCUUUUGUGCGUCACAUCAACGACUUUUUAAAACCAUAUGACUGUGAGGAUGGUAAAUUUCACAUUGGUCUUCCAAAAAGUGUUAUCAACCCUGAAAUUGAUGCUUUAAUCAAUGAGAUAAGUAUAAAAGAAGGAAAACCAGUUGAUGUUUUACAACUAAUGAGACGUACAAUUUGGCGAAUAGUCUGGCAGUUUUUAUUCGGUAAAAAAUCUCAACUAACUGAUGAACAGGUGGAUAAUAUUUUAGAGGAUAUCGCUUCAAACAACUUAGAGAACCAACUCUUUCAAACACGACAACUUCUACCCUGGUUUUUCGUGGAGAUUUUUAGGCGUAUACCAUUUGCAAGACAUUUAUUUAAAGUUGAGCAUAUACUCAAAAGACACAAAGCUGUUCGACGGGAAAUUGACAGCAAUACAGGUGAACUGUCAAAUACAAAUUCGCUGUUUGGACUACUAACCAAUGAUGCGAAAUUGAAUUUAACAAAGAGUGAAAUUUCACGUCUUUCAUAUGAAUUAAUGGCAGCUGGCACAGAUACAACAUCCUUGACACUUACUUGGGCAUGUGAUUAUCUAUCAAGAGCUCCACCACAAGACCCAUUCAAUUUGAGUCCCGAUGUCAUUGAUAUGGUGCAUCGUUGGGCGAGUGUAGUUCCAUUGGCACUACCUCAUUUGGUGCAUGAAUCAUUUGAAAUCAAUGGAUAUUGCAUACCGAAAUCGUCUAUUCUGAUAUAUAAUCUUUAUGCUGUGCACAACACACAACUGAGGAGAUUGACUAAUAAGGAGACGAAGCCGAAAGAUACGAAACAGAGUGAUACGCCGAUCCCAUUUUCCCUCGGUGCUAGAGCAUGCCCUGGUUUUCGUUUGGCAAAUACAUUAAUUGAAAAAGUUCUGACGGCAAUCAAUCAAGAGUUUAUAAUUCAACACUUUGUGCAACCGCCAAUUGAAACAACCAAUCCAAAGGAUCAAGAAAGUCUCUCACCCUUUGGAUUAACAAGAGUUCCAUACAAAUCUUUAUAUCUAUUUUUCACUCGGACAAAUGGACCGAGAAGAACAAGUAACUGAAGGAAAUGUCUAAUAAUAUACUUGAACAAGAUGCCUCUCCUUUUGUGUGUUGAGAAGGAGAGUGAAAUGUGACUGUUUUCAUGAGUUUCUC